GGAUCUGAGCAGCUCCUUCUAGCAUCCUUCAUCCUUCAGGUACCAGCCAUCCAGACAGUGCUUGAGCUGCAGAAACUGAGACCAGCCCUCGACAGACCUCUGGCCUGGCCCUCCCCAGGGUCCUCCUUUCCUAUAGUCACUGCUUCUGCAUCAGAUAGUUUCAGCUGCAACUCCCUACUGGGUGGGGCACCCAUUUCAGGCAGAAGGUUUUGGUACCCUCCACUGACCCUACACCCAGGGCUGCUACUGCCGCUUGUGGCUUCAGGAUGAAAGGUGAGACCCCGGUGAACAGCACUAUGAGUAUUGGGCAAGCACGCAAGAUGGUGGAACAGCUUAAGAUUGAAGCCAGCUUGUGUCGGAUAAAGGUGUCCAAGGCAGCAGCAGACCUGAUGACUUACUGUGAUGCCCACGCCUGUGAGGAUCCCCUCAUCACCCCUGUGCCCACUUCGGAGAACCCCUUCCGGGAGAAGAAGUUCUUCUGUGCUCUCCUCUGAGCUCCCUUGUCCCUUCUCACAACUCCUCCCUUUUCCCUCUCCUGGGCCCUUCCUUAGGUCAGUAAUUGUCGUGAGCCCCUGAGGCUCCUUGCAUCCCAUCCCUAACCCUUGCCUGAGCAUGUGAGGUUAUCUGAAGCACAAGGCCCACCCUCACCUAUCUGUCGACCCCAUUUCCUACCACCUUUGUGGCCGACCCCAAGCACCCCAGAGAUAUGAGGCACCCUUUGCUCCACCCACAGCAGGGCCCCGUCAGACUCUGCCAGCGCGUCCUGCCCGCUUCCCUCGGUGACCUGCUCAGACAAUGGAGAGAGGGAUGGGCCAGGUUCUUGCUCUCAGUCUCACCUGGAGCUACUGGGAGGGUAAAGCCAUUUGAAGAAUAAAGUCAUCCAGAGCCUCA